AGCUCCUAGCACAAUGGGGCCCUGACCAGGUUAAGGCCCCUAGGUGCUAUCGCAGUAUCAGUAUUAAAUACUAAUACUAGAAAUACCUUUCCUGAGCUAUAAGCUGUAGGGGAAGGAAGAUGCUCAAAGCCCUGCAGAGCCCUGACCCGGAUGACAGGCCAUACAAGUGCGCCGAGUGCGAGAAGUGCUUCCGGCAGAAGAAGAUCCUCAAAGCCCAUCAGAGCAUCCACACUGGAGAGAAACCGCACACGUGCGCCGAGUGCGGAAAGAGCUUCCGGCAGAAGAACAACCUCCGGAAGCACCAGUGGAUCCACACCGGCCAGACGCCCCACCAGUGCACCGAGUGCGGGAAGCGCUUCAGCGAGAAGCAGCGCCUGCGGAAGCACCAGAAGACGCACACGGGGGAGACGCCGUAUGCCUGCGCCGAGUGCGGCACGCGCUUCAGCCACAAGCAUAACCUGAAAACCCACCAGCGGGUGCACACCGGCGAGACGCCCUACAAGUGCCCCGAGUGCGAGAAAGGCUUCAAGCAGCAGAACCACCUCAUCAGCCACCUGCGCACCCACCGGGAGGAGAAGCUCCACAGGUGCACCCAGUGCAACAGGUUCUUCAGGAAGAAGCCCAAUCUGCUGAAGCACCAGGAGAGCCACGCGGGGGAGAGGCCUUACCGCUGCAAGGACUGCGGGAAGACCUUCAAGCAGAACAACCACCUGGUGAGUCACCAGAGGAGCCACGCCGCAGGCAGCCUCUACAUAUGCACCGAGUGCGGGAAGAGCUACAGCCAGUGGGCGCAUCUCACCGCUCACGAGCGGGCCCACGCCGGGGAGGGCCAGCUGACCUGCAGCGAGUGCCGGUGUGGGCACACGAACGGCAACACCAUGUUCCAAGCUGCCCAGGUUCUCUGUGGGGACGAGAAACCCUAUAAAUGCACCGAGUGUGGGAAAGGCUUUGGGCAGGAGAAGAUCCUCCGAGAGCACCGGCGAAUCCACACAGGCGAGAGGCCACACAAAUGCACUCACUGCGGGAAAAGCUUCACCUGGAGCACCAGCCUGAUCAAGCACCAGCAGAUCCACACGGGCGGCAAGCUGCACGCCUGCACUGCGUGCGAGAAGAGCUUCCGGUGGCGGCACAGCCUCCUGCAGCACCAGUCGGUGCACACCGGCGAAAAGCCGCACACCUGCGCCCAGUGCGGCCGCAGCUUUGUGGAGAAGCAGGCGCUGAAGAAGCACGAGGGCAUCCACACGGGGGAGAAGCCCUUCACCUGCAGCGAGUGCGGGAAGAGCUUCCGGCAGAAGGGCAACCUAGUGUCGCAUGAGAGGAGCCACCUGGAGGAGAAGCCGCACCGAUGCCUCGAGUGCGGGAAGUGCUUCCGGGAGCAGCGCUUCCUGGCCAACCACCAGCGCACCCACGCCCAGGAGCGGCCCUACCAGUGUGCCCAGUGCCAGAAGAGCUUCAGUGCCAAGCAGGGGCUCCGCAUCCACCAGCGCCUGCACACCGGGGAGCGGCCCUUCCAGUGCCCCCUCUGCGGGAGGAGCUUCACCGAGAGGAAGAACCUCAACAAGCACCAGCGGACGCACAGCGGGGAGACCCCCUACACCUGUGGGGAGUGCGGGAACAGCUACACCCAGAAGUACAGCCUGAAGGUACACCAGCGAACCCACAGCGGGGAGACCUCCCACACCUGCAGCGAGUGUGGGGAGAGCUUCAGGCAAAGGAACCACCUGGUGAGCCACCAGCGGAGCCACAAAGCCGGGAGCCUCUACAUAUGCGCUGAGUGUGGGGAGAGCUACAGCCAGUGGGCGCAUCUCACCGCCCACGAGAGAAUCCACACCAGGCAGAGCCAGCCAGCUUGCACUGAAUAUCGGUAACAGAGGCAGCGUAUCUCAGAGUAUGCCAAGGAUCCAGACGAGAGUCCACAUCCAUACAUGAGUUAAGGGCCCCGGCUAGGUAGAGGGCAUUAGCCAGAGCCAUUCUGAACCAGAAUGCUUCCCAGGUAGGCGUCAGGAUGUCUGGGCCUCCCUGUGUUUCCCUGUCUCUCUAAGGACCCGAUCCAGUCAACGGGAACCUUUCUGUUGACUUCAGUCUGGAUUGGGUCUCGGUUGUGUAAACUGGGUAGAACGUGUCAUAAGCCAUUUUACAAGCCAACUAGGUAACAGUGAUAAGCAUCAUGCAGCAUUUACGUGGUCUCUAGACUUGCAGGCAAUGUUCCCUCUAAUUUUUGACAGCCUGUGUGCGCAAAAAAAUUCUUCUGUGCAAAUUUUUGUGAUUCUGUGCAAAUUUUUGUGCCAUGUGCACGGGGUUUAGGAUCUGUGUGCAGGCGCACACGUGCACAUCUUAGAGGGAACAGUGCUUGCAGGUACUUGUAAACAUCAGUUAAUUAAAUGAGGCAGAAUCCUAGUCUAGGAUGCCGUGUAGGUCAACCAGUUUGUAACACAGCCUGUAGGGGGCUGGGGAUCCAUUUGGAAGUUGUGUUCACGCCUUCCUGGGACGAUUUUAUUUCAGAAGAGCUCUGUCUAAAAUGUCCCUCUCGGGCAGGCAGGGCCAAAGAAACUGUUUCAAAACACAGAGAAUGCUUCGCAGAGCCAAUCCUGCUCCCAUUGAAGUCCAUGGAGAAUUUGCAAUUGAGGCCUUUAUGUUUGCUGUCUGCGCACAAUGCAUUUAGAGUAGAUAUUGCACACUUUAAAGGGAAGUGAUUCCAUUUCUAAGGCACUUACCUUACGCAAGAAACAUUUGUGUCUUGACAUCUGAUGCUGAUGGUGUACACAAAGCUAGAGCUGGGGCAGAGAAGAUCUUUAAGCUACAACUUUCACUGGGUUUAGCUGGGCGGGAAAGGCUGGAACCCCUGGCAGCAAACCUAACACCAGCACCUUCAGAAAAGGACAGUCGGUGAAAGAACUUCUGGGGAUCCUGGCAAGGAUGGACCCGUGACAGGCAUCACUAACCUCCCUACUGGGUAUACUUGAAGACUUACAUUUAAAAAGCUAAUGCCCUCAAGGGGCAGGCAGUUUGAGACGGGCAACAAACCCAAACGCACAAAAUACACCGUACAAAAACCCACCAGCCACAACUAACAGAGAUUCCUCCAAUAACACAAUGUUGUUAAUAUAUGAUUGGCUCCUAGAGAAAAGCUUGGGAUCCAGAUUCUCGCUCAUCGUGAGUGGAUGCUGGUAUUCCACUGGGGAAGGAAGCACCCAGUCCCACCUAUUUCAUGGAAGAGUUUGAAGGGGACUUGCUGAAUUUAGCUUCCAAAGUUCACCCUUUGCAUGUAGAGAAAUACCACGUGUAUGCACCACUUGCUGGAGGUGCAGGUCUUGGUGGGACAUUUAUCAAUGACCCUGCUGGACACGAGGGAAGGGACCAAGUUCUGGCAGUCAUUGAGCAGCAGAAAGAUUAGCUCAAAGCACAUGCUAAAAUGUUCAUUCUUCCAGAUUUAAGUCCAACCACAGCAAAUGGAAGCAAAGAAUGUCAUGCUGUGAAGCAGAAGUCUUGUGGGUGAGGACACAAGCGUUUCCAAUGUAUGGGUAAUUCUUAACAAGUCCUUUGCCUGUUGGGACAUUGGGUGAUGAAAUUGGGUGCUGAGAAACAUCACACAAGGCAAUGCCAGAGAAAAAGAGGGUUUGAAAGGUGACCCGGGAGAUGAAUGAGCUGUAACUGUGCCAUUUGUAUGACUCACACUCAGGCUGUGAAUGCAGGCUUUCUUAGAAUUUAUUACUAUUAUUUAUUAUUUGCAUAAUGUCACCAGGUGCCGAGCAGUUUACGGACAGGUGUAAAGGAAAGUCUUCGCUUCAUUGAUUUUACAGUUUAAAGUUCCUGUCUACUAUAUGGCCCUUAAUGCACAAACAUUAAAAUCAGCACUAAGAGUUGUUGAUGUCUGUUCCUUACCAUUUAAUUGUGUUGAGCUAGAAGCUACUCAACCUAUUGUUUUGUAGAAAUAUAUAGCACAGAAUUCUCUUUAAAUGUGGUACUGAUUUUCAAAUGUGGUAAGGAGAGUGAUCCUGGCAAUUAAGGUCUGUAACUCAUAGGCCUAGUAAAAACAGUAAAACAUAUUAAGAGAAAAAAAAUCACUCAUCAGCCACAAGGAACAGAACCAUGAGCAAUAAUGAGCAUGGGUUAAUUAUUAUGAGGAAUAUGUUAGACACAGAGAAUGUGUUUGGCAUUGCACAAGACAGAAAUCGGUUGUCUACAAUUAACCCUGACUUGAGGUGCUGAUGAUUGUAAGGCAAAUGUAGAAAAGAUGAGAUGUAUUAGGAGAUUCUCUGUGAAAAGAAUAACAUUUGCUGCACAAACAACUGGCAUGUUGACAGAACGGCGAAUUAGUGGGUAAAGUGACUGCAAUAAAUCAGA